AUAGUAUUGUUUAGAAAUCUCUUAAUACUAAUUACUCUCUCAUUGUCCUCUCUCUCUCUCUCUCUCUACACAACUAUACAUAAAUAACCCUUCUUUAGUACUCUGAUCAUAUUGACUCUGUUCACUUUGAUUGUAGUCUACAAAACCCUCGUGGUUGGUCAGAUUAUUUUCACACAGAGUCGUGAGCAACUACCUUUCUGUGAUCUGUGUUUUUCAUCAGACAUUCACGACUCUGAUACCUGAAUUCUGGCCGAUAUAUUUUAGAUCUUCCUUAUUUUCAACGAUUUUGUUUUUGGACUCUUUCGUUUUAGCAAUUUUUGUUAAAACCCUUGUUGGUUUUUGCUUCAAAAUAUAGUCUUUACACUAUGAGCGCGUCUGUGAAGCUAUCGACUAUACAGAUCACCGGAUCCGAUUUUCUCCGGCAGAAAUCUCCGGCACUGUCGCGGCAAUUCUCGCGUCUGCCACCGCUUUCAGCAACUAAUAAAUAUCGUCAAAGCUCAAUUGUUUCAGUCUCUAAACCUCUAUAUGUUUCUUCGAUUGAGAGUUUUGGGUCUUUGAAGAGAUCGUCGAAGGAUGAUGAAAAGAGGUCUUUGAUCACGUGCAAGGCCUACGAGGCGGAUCGAUCGGAGCCGAUCGAUGAGAACAUUCAGCAAUUACAGACGCGAUCUGAAGCAGCGAAGAGAUUCAAGAUCGGUGUUUACUUCGCAACUUGGUGGGCUUUGAAUGUGGUCUUCAAUAUAUACAAUAAAAAGGUCUUGAAUGCUUUUCCAUUUCCAUGGUUAACCUCGACUCUUUCGCUCGCUGCUGGCUCUCUUAUCAUGUUGAUUUCUUGGGCUACAAGGAUCGCUGAAGCACCAAAGACAGAUUUUGACUUCUGGAAAACCCUUUUCCCUGUUGCUUUGGCACAUACCAUUGGGCAUGUCGCGGCGACUGUGAGUAUGUCGAAGGUGGCGGUGUCGUUUACACACAUCAUCAAGAGUGGUGAGCCUGCUUUCAGUGUACUGGUUUCAAAGUUCAUCUUGGGUGAUACAUUUCCGCUGCCGGUUUACUUGUCCCUUAUUCCGAUCAUCGGUGGUUGUUCCCUUGCUGCUGUUACUGAGCUGAAUUUCAACAUGAUUGGUUUUAUGGGGGCUAUGAUCUCAAACUUGGCCUUUGUGUUUCGAAACAUUUUUUCGAAGAAGGGCAUGAAGGGGAAGUCUGUUAGUGGGAUGAACUAUUACGCAUGUCUAUCUAUAUUGUCUCUCAUAAUUCUCACACCAUUUGCAAUUGCUGUAGAGGGACCACAGAUGUGGGCAGUUGGAUGGGAAACGGCCAUUUCCCAGAUUGGACCCCAUUUCAUUUGGUGGGUGGCGGCCCAGAGUGUGUUCUAUCACCUCUACAACCAGGUGUCUUACAUGUCCCUGGAUGAGAUCUCUCCCUUGACAUUUAGCAUUGGAAACACCAUGAAACGAAUAUCUGUCAUAGUCUCUUCUAUCAUCAUUUUCCAUACACCUGUUCAGCCCAUCAAUGCUCUUGGAGCUGCCAUCGCAAUCCUUGGAACCUUCUUGUAUUCCCAGGCAAAGCAGUGAGGCUGGGAUGAAGAAUAUCGGUGUAUGUAUAGCAUAGCUGAGAGAGAAAAGACCAUGGUUUUGGUUGAUGUGUUGAUUAAGCUGUUUUUCAGGAUCCAUCACCUCUGGAGGUUCAUAUUCAUGAGGUGGGCCAGCAGCUUUACUUCUUUUGUACACUAAUAAUGAGACGGCAGAAUUUGUUCUUAUACAGCUCAUUAGGCAGUUUUUUCUUAUGGCGUUUUUACCUCCACGGUUGAGGAAAGAACUGAGAACUGUUACAAUAAACAAGGGCAAUCGUCAAGCCUAGAAUGUUUUGAAUGAUAGCAAUAUCAAUUGUGUGGAUUUUGUGAAAGCCUUUCUGUGCUAUGAUGCACUAGAGAAACAAGUAAAGUUGGGAACUCCUUUGCACAUUAGCAGCGUGAUGGUGCCAAUGAUAACUCUAUACUACGCAUUCAUACAUAUGCGUUGUUUUGUGUACAUUGUACCCUAUUCAGGAAAGGUCGCUACGACUGACAGAGGUUCAAGUUCUGUAAUUGCUUAGAAGUUUCGCACUAAGAAAAUUAAGCUAACAGGCAGUCUGACCAUGUAAAGUUGCGGUAAUUGUGCCACUUUUCGAAACAGCAAUGCAAAAUUGGUGAUAGGUAGGUAGCAGUGCUUGGGAAUGUUAUCUGUGUAGCUUUAGAAGAAGUGAGUAUUUAAUGUAUGAUUUUGCAAAAGAUUCGUGUGGUUAAAGUCAUCGUCAUACCUGUAUAGAAAUUAACAGCAAAUGUAAUCCAAACAAAAAUUUUUGACGGCUUACGUCACAAAACUUUAUUUCAUCCAUACAACGGCUCUUCUCAAGAAAACAAACAUGUCACAAGAAAUUGUAAACCCUUCUCGGAAUAAAAUGCCCCAUAAUCAAACCUGCAAAUGCUUAAUGGCUGUCUGAACAUCUUUAUCUCCUCUGCCACUGCAGUUAACAACGACCUUCGUUCUGUUUGGAAGAGUUGGGCAUAGCUUCUCUAGAUAAGCCAAUGCAUGAGAUGUC